UUAGCGAUGACUGACGCAGUUUUCAAGCAAUAGUCGUAGUGAAAACACAGCUCCCUACAAUCGGAUGGUUGGUAAAGGCAAGAAAAAGAAGGGAGCCAAGGAUUCGUCCGGCGGGGGCGCUACUGGGACCGGUCCAGCAGGCAGUGGUGGCGGAUGUGGACCUAGUGCACCAGCAAAGGACAAACCAGAGGCGGAAGAGGGCGACGAAGAGGAUGGUGAGGCAAAACCGAAAAAGGGCAAGGGCAAGAAGGGAAAAGGCAAGGGCAGCAAGUCGUCAAAGUUCCAGGGUGACAUAUUCAACGAGGCGGCCAUGGAGAACGCGUACUAUAUCUGUCACAACAUCCAGGAUGUACUUAAGUCGCGUGGGUUCGCCUGGCCCGAGGGUCAAAAGAAGAAGAAGAAGGGCAAAAAGUAAAAGAGGAGGCUGAUGUUGCCCAAGCACGGAUAGAGAUCGUUAACAGAAGGCGUUUGAUCCAAUUUAAAGGAUUAUUAUUUUUGGAAGGAAAUCUCCCGUGUUCAGAAGUGUGUAAAUAAAGCUAAAUGAU